AUGAUGAAAACUGUCAUCUAUUUCUUCAUUUCCAGUUUGAAAAUCAUGAAAAAUGGGAACACCACCUCUGAUUUCAUUCUCCUAGGACUCUUUAACCACACAGAAGCCCAUCUAUUUCUCUUUGCAAUGGUUCUCACAAUCGCCUUCGCCUCCCUAGUGGGAAAUGCCCUCAUGAUUCUCCUGAUUCACCAAGAUGCCCGGCUCCACACACCCAUGUACUUCCUACUGAGCCAACUCUCCCUCAUGGACAUGAUGCUGGUCUCUACCAUUGUGCCCAAAAUGGCUACUAACUACUUGACUGGAAAGAUGUCCAUCUCCCCUGCUGAAUGCGGGUUGCAGAUAUUCUUCCUUCUAACUUUAGGAGGGGGUGAGUGUUUCCUCUUAGCAGCCAUGUCCUAUGACCGGUAUGUGGCUGUUUGUCACCCACUGCGAUACCCAGCCCUCAUGAGCUGGCAAUUAUGCCUGAAAAUGACUGUGGGGUCUUGGGUCCUGGGGGCAGCUGAUGGGCUCAUGCAGGCUGCUGCUACCCUGAGUUUUCCAUUUUGCGAUGCACAUGAGAUCAAUCAUUUCUUCUGUGAGGCCCCUACUCUGGUGGGUUUAGCUUGUGCCGACACGUUUGUCUUUGAGUAUGUGAUGUACGUAUGCUGUGUGUUAAUGCUCCUGGUCCCAUUUUCUCUCAUUCUGAUUUCCUAUAGUCUCAUCCUUGCUGCAGUUCUCCAGAUGCAUUCUAGAGAAGCCCGCAAAAAGCCUUUUGCCACCUGCUCCUCACAUCUUUCUGUGGUGGGACUCUUUUAUGGAGCUGCAAUUUUUACCUAUAUGCAACCCAAAUCCUACAGGUCAGCUCACCAUGAUAAAGUAGUGUCAGUGUUCUAUACUAUCUUCACCCCUGUACUCAAUCCCCUCAUCUACAGUCUGAGAAACAGUGAAGUCAAGGGUGCCUUGAGAAAGUGUAUGGGUCAGUGUUCUGCCUUAAGUCAGGGUUAA